UUCAGGAGGAAGUGCAGAGCAUGUCCCGGUGUGGCGGACCUGAGAGACGCGCUAUGUUCCGCGUCCUGUGCCUGUUCGCCGCGUUUGACGCGGUGUGUCUGCUGGACAGCGGCAUGCUCUUCCCCCGGGAGUCCCCCUCCAGGGAGGUGAAGGAGCUGAACGGCCUGUGGGACUUCAGGGCUGACAGGUCCCCCAACAGGAACCAGGGCUUCGAGAGGGCAUGGUACAAAAGCCGCCUGGCAGAGACGGGCCCAGUGAUUGACAUGCCAGUUCCUGCCAGCUACAAUGACAUCACACAGGACCCUGCGUUGAGAAACUUCAUAGGCUGGGUGUGGUAUGAGCGAGAGGUGGUGGUGCCUGCCCGCUGGGCCGCUGAUGAAGACAUAAGAGUGGUUCUCAGAGUGGCAAGUGCUCACUAUUUUUCCAUCGUGUGGGUGAACGGGGUGAAAGUGGCAGAACAUGAAGGAGGCCAUCUUCCUUUUGAGGCUGAGAUAGGCAGUUUAAUCCGCAAGGACCCAACUGCGCCGUGCAGGAUCACCAUCGCUGUGAACAACACUCUGACUCCGCAUACGCUUCCUCCAGGAAGCAUCCAGCACAUGGACGACCGUACCAAGUAUCCUGAUGGCUUCUUUGUGCAAAACAUCUACUUUGAUUUCUUCAACUAUGCUGGCCUACAUCGGCCUGUGGUGCUGUAUACGACUCCUAAGGCUUACGUGGAUGACAUCACUGUGGUGACCGACUUCUCGGAUAACACCGGUGUAGUCAAAUACAAGGUAUCAGUCCAAGGUGCUGCCACGGCCACACUGAAGGUGUCUUUGAUAGACAAAGAUGGCCGCAGCGUGGCCUCCUCCAGCGAGCCAUCUGGAGUGCUCAAAGUGGUAGAUGUCAAGCUGUGGUGGCCGUACCUGAUGCAUGAGAAUCCAGGUUACCUUUACUCCAUGGAGGUUCGCUUAAUAGCAUCUGAUAAGAGCUCGCCAUACGAGGAUGUGUAUACUCUACCUGUUGGCAUCCGCACAGUCAACGUUACCAGCACCCAGUUCCUCAUCAACAACAAGCCUUUCUAUUUUCAUGGAGUGAACAAACACGAGGACUCUGAUAUUCGAGGUAAAGGCUUCGACUUGCCUCUGAUUGUCAAGGACUUUAACUUAUUGAAGUGGUUGGGGGCUAACUCGUUCCGCACUAGCCACUACCCCUAUGCUGAGGAGAUCCUGCAGAUGUGUGACCGCUAUGGCAUCGUGGUGAUUGAUGAGUGCCCGGGGGUGGGCAUCAAAGACAUUCUCAGUUUUGGAAACGCCUCCCUCGCCCAUCAUCUGGAUGUCAUGGACGAGCUUGUACGUCGGGACAAGAACCAUCCCUCUGUGGUCAUGUGGUCGGUAGCCAAUGAGCCGGCCUCAGAGAUGCCUCCUGCUGAAUUCUACUUCAAGACCUUGAUAAAACAUACCAAAGACCUGGACCCUACACGGCCCGUCACUUAUAUCACAGACAGUAACUAUGCCAGGGACAAAGGGGCUCCCUUUGUGGAUGUAAUCUGUGUAAACAGUUACUUAUCCUGGUACCAUGAUUCAGGCCACCUGGAGGUCAUUCCCAUCCAGCUCAACACUCAGUUUGAGAACUGGUAUGGAAAGUACCAGAAACCCAUCAUCCAGACUGAAUAUGGAGCAGAUGCAGUGUCAGGGCUCCACAGUGACCCACCCAUAAUGUUUACUGAGGAGUACCAGAAUGUCGUCCUGCAGAGCUACCACAAAGUGUUCGACCAGAAGAGGAAGCAGUAUGUCAUUGGCGAACUCAUCUGGAACUUUGCCGACUUUAUGACUGCACAAGGGAUCACCCGUGUGGUGGGGAACAAGAAGGGCAUUUUCAGCAGGCAAAGGCAGCCCAAAGCAGCAGCAUUCAUCCUGAAGGAGAGGUACUGGAGACUGGCAAAUCAAACAGGCAGACUGCCUCCUUGGACCAAGUACCCAUGCCCACUGUGACACCCGCCAGCUGGGACACGCAGGCUCGAGCCCGUGAACACCGUCGUAUGGAAAUGGCUGGUAAAGAUCAGUCCGUUUCUUGAGGCAGUUUGCUGAAGCACAAAUACAACAUGUCCUUUGAAAUAAUGUCCAUUUGUAUACAUGAGGUCUAACCACCAUGAAACACAAUUUAGCAAUGCUAUUCCUGUGAUCCGUAAUAUAAACAUCUAACACUAAUCAGUUUGUGUUAUAAGUCUCUGAACAUAAAAGCAGUUUUUGAUAUUUUGAUUCAGGUGCCUGAUCAAUGGUGCAAUAAACAUUUUCUAAUAAUAACUAGGAAUGUGAUAUAUUUUCCUUUGGACACACGCGAGUGAGUGUGUUGCCGUGUAUUUAGCUGUUACAGGAUAUUCUGCACGGAUACAGGUUUUCUUUGCUUUCAUGAAACUGUUGAACAGAUCAGAAUCGUUCAUUAGUGAUUAGUGCAACCAGCCUGACUGUGUUGAAUGAGAAUUACAAUGCUGAAUCGAACCACAAAGGGUCUUUAUUUUUCUAUGUGAAAAUCAAUAAAAAGAAAAGGUGAAACACGUAA